AUGUCCGACUGGGCCGCGCUCUCUUUGGACGAGUCCAAUCGCCGUCCGCUCGGCUAUCUCCGCGAUCCGCGCAACCGUCGCACCAUCCUCAUGGGUGCCGCAAUCGUCGGCGUCGUGCUGGUCGGAGCGCUUCUCAUCUUCGCCUCCACCUCGGCCGCGUCCAGCGGGAAUGGCGGCGCUCUUUCCGGCGAGCUAGCGAACGCCCUGCGCGAUGUCGUGGAGCCGUUUCAACAGGAGGUGGAUUUGGUCGUCUCGUUCAGCGGCCGGCAGCUUCUUGACGGCGUGCGGGUAUCUCAGUCGGAAGGCGCCGUGCAGCCGGCUGUGGUGAUUUCGGCGCGUCCCAACACGGAGCUUGAUCCGAGCAGCCAUUACACCCUUGUGCUCGUGGACCCUGACGCGCCCAGCCCCUCCAAUCCGACCGCGCGCGAGUGGCUGCACUGGAUCGUUGUGGAUAUUCCGGUCGACGGCAGUGGGGGUACAGGCCGUGUGGUGACGCCGUACAACGGCCCCACCCCCCCAGAGGGCACGCACCGCUACAUCUUCCUGCUCUUCAGGCAGCCCACCGCACAGCUCGAGGUUUCAGCACCGGAGGAGAGAGCCAACUUCCAUGCAGCACAGUUUGCAGCGGACCAUGGGCUGGGAGCCCCAGUGGCCGCACUCUUCUUUACCUGCGAGGCAGGAGAGACUUAA